AUGGUGAGACAGAACGGAAAAUAGCACAGAGGAAUCGAAAGUUGAUCAGGGAAAAGGCUACAAUGAUAAGGUGUCGAUGAGCGCAGAGAAGGUGGACGACAAGCCGCGCAGUCGCGAGUAUCCAUCGGUGCGGAUCGACAAGACGCAGGGCGACGAGGUGCCGACGACGGAGGAGAAGCGCGACGAGAAGACGGAGAACUGCGUCGCGUGGAGCAGGAACCUGCUCAAGACGGCCCGCAUCAGCAAGAUCACGCAGGAAUACCGCGAGAAUAAAGAGUUCCGGCCGAACGUAAGCAGUGCGGUCUCCGAGAAAAUGACGGACAAAAACAGGUGAAAACUUUCAAUUCUCACUCUCAUCCGCAGUUAUUUUCAGAUAUAGACACAUCUUCUGCGCCGACGAGAACCGUGUUGUGCUGAAAGAGCGCGACAGUUCGAACGACUACAUCCACGCGUCCUGGAUGGAAAUGCCCGAUCAAGUGCAGUUCAUCUCGACGCAAGGGCCCAUAAAGAACACGAUUGCGGACUUCUGGCACAUGAUUUUCACCGAAAAGUGUCCAGUUAUUGUGAUGCUCUGUCAGUACGUGGAGGACGAGCAGGAGAAGUGCCAGAGAUAUUACUCGGAUUCGGCGGAGAAAGAGUUCGGAGAGUACAAGGUGAAAGUGAUCGAGAAGGCCGUCGAGACGUGGAAUCCGGUAAAGUACACCGUGUUGCAAGUGCAAAGAAAGUACGGGGAAACUGGACAUACUUGUAUUCAAUUUGAUGAUAUUUGUUGUAGGAACAACCCGGCCAAACAUCUAGUUCAUCAUUACUGGUAUCACGAUUGGCAUGAUCAGGUGGCUCCACUCGACCCGAUUCCGAUGAUCAGACUGUACAAAGGCGCUCUCAAGAAGGUGAAUCUCCCGAUAUUUCUUUUCCGGAAGCAGUCGUUCAGAGCAACGGAAAACCAAUGGUCGUGCACUGUUCUGCGGGCGUAGGACGCACUUCCACUUUUAUCGGAAUCCAUCUGGCGGCGGUGAUGAUCAGAGAAAACGCCUGCCUGGAGAUGAUCGAAGUUCUCAAGAGACUGCGCAAAAUGCGUCUCGGAUCGAUCCAAAGUCAACUGCAAUACGUGUUUCUCAUCGUCUGCAUCAUCCAGCUGUUCAUCGAAGAGAAGUACAUCAAGAAGGACGCGAGCUUCGAAUCUCUUCUGAAGAAGUACGCGGAUGUGACGAGAAAGGUGACGGAGGCGAUUGUGCAGGAAGAGGAACGGAAGAAGCGGAAGAAGAAGGAGGCGGAGAAGAAGGACAAGGAUGCGCCAUCGAAGGGCUCCAAGAAGACGGAGGAAGUGAAGGAGGUGUCGAAGGCAGUAAAGAAAGGAGAGGAUCCGUUGGCGAAGGAUGCCCUGUCCAAGAGAAAGGCCGACGAGGCGACGAUGGACGACAAGACGAAGGACGAGAAACGGAGUGACCACGUACGCAAAGAGUCUGCGUCUCCGAGCGUGAUGGUCAGAGAGGUGAGCAGAACGGAGAUUGGGCGAUGGAUAAAAAGAGUAAUCACUUUUCAGACAAUUUCCGGAAAAGAGAAAUCAAAGUGUCAAAAAAUUGAGAGCAAAAAUGACAAGAAGAAAGUUGCGAAGAAGAGCAAGAGGAAACCGAACAUUUUUGGCUUUUGA